UUGGUGUGAAACGAUCUGGCACAGUAGUAGGCAGAGGGCUACCGUUCAUGGAUAAUGUAUGGAAUACGUAACAGUUACACUGAGCCGUGAUAUUGAGUGAAAUAAUGACAGUUCUACGAAGGGUCUAAGGGAAACAUUAAAGUUGUGAUAAAAGAAUUUGUGAAAAAUUCAUGAUGGAUGUUUUGUACAGACGGUUCACCAUGUCAGCAGGAAUGAAGCCCCUUGCCCUUGGCUUUCUGUCCAUGGCCUUACUGGACAUGUUACCACUCUCUGAGGCUCAGUCUGUGACAACAAUGGCUACAGAUAAUGUCACAGAAGUACCAGCAGCAUGUACCAUGGAUGCUGAGCCCUGUAAACCGGGUAUAUUUUUCCCAUUGUGGACACCAACAAGGAAUCUCAGCGCUGGUGAUAAAGCUGCCAGAGCCAUUGUUUAUUUUGUAGCUAUGAUUUAUAUGUUUUUGGGAGUCUCCAUUAUUGCUGACAGAUUUAUGUCUGCUAUUGAAGUUAUCACUUCAAAGGAGAAGGAUGUUGUAAUUCGAAGACCAGAUGGAAGCACACAUGUGGUCAAUGUCCGAGUUUGGAAUGAAACAGUGUCAAACUUGACCCUUAUGGCUCUCGGUUCAUCAGCACCAGAAAUUCUUCUAUCUGUUAUAGAAAUUUGUGGUAAAAAUUUUGAAGCUGGAGACUUAGGUCCAAGUACCAUUGUAGGUAGUGCUGCUUUUAACUUAUUUGUCAUUACAGCCAUUUGUGUGUCUUCUAUUCCUGCGGGUGACAAGCGUACCAUCAAACAUUUACGAGUAUUCUUCAUUACUGCAAGUUGGAGUAUAUUUGCUUACUUAUGGAUGUAUUUCAUUUUGUCCGUUUCAUCAUAUGGAGUAGUAGAAGUAUGGGAAGCAGUAAUCACCUUUAUCUUCUUUCCCAUAACUGUCCUUACUGCAUAUAUUGCAGACAUCAAAUUUCUACCACACAAAUUUUUGUCCAAAAAGUACAGGGAAAGUAGGCAGAAAGGAGUAGUAAUUCAGGCAGAAGGAGACACAGAAAUGAACCAUGUGGAUGAUGUAGUCUUUAGAGAUAUCAGGAAUGUUGCUGAUGUGAAGGAGCUCAUGGCUUAUGAACAGCACAGGAAGGAGUACAUGGAUAUUAUGCGUAAUCUCCGUAAGAAGAAUCCAAACACUGACAUGAAGACCUUAGAAGAGAUGGCUGAGCUUGAAGCAAUCAACAAAGGACCAAAAAGUAGGGCGUUUUACCGUAUUCAGGCAACAAGGAAGCUUACUGGAGGUGGAAAAGUGAUCAAGAAGGCCAAGAUUGAUAGGAGAGCUAGUGUAGAAGAUGUCAAGGUAGAAGUACGUGAUCAGUUCACCACAAAAGUCUUCUUUGACCCUGGUCAUUACACAGUAAUGGAAAACAUCGGAACUUUCUUCCUGACUGUUACCAGGGAGGGUGGUGAUCUCAGCAAGACCAUGUACGUAGAUUACAAAACUGAAGAUGGUUCGGCCAGUGGAGGUGCAGAUUAUGAAUAUGCCGAAGGAACCCUUGUCUUCUACCCUCACGAAAUCCACAAGCAGAUUCCAGUCAGCAUCAUUGAUGAUGAAAUCUUUGAGGAAGAUGAACACUUCUAUGUCCGCCUCAGCAAUGUUCGCUUAGGCGAUUCCCAGGGCAUGUUUGACACAGGUUCUUCCCAGAUGAAGGUCAAGCUUGGAACACCUUUUGUAGCCACUGUUAUGAUUUUGGAUGAUGAUCACCCUGGAAUAUUCCUCUUUGAUGAAAAAAUGGUUGUUGUUCCUGAGGCCAUCGGACAAACUGACAUCAAGGUUACUCGCUCAUCUGGUGCCAGAGGUACGGUGAAGAUUCCUUUCAAAACUGUGGAUGGAUCAGCAAAGGCAGGAAAGGAUUAUGAACCAGUCACCGGAUUUAUAAUCUUUGUCAACGAUCAGACUGAACAAUUCAUUAACGUGAAGAUUUACGAUCAUGAGGAAUACGAGAAGAAUGAAACUUUCUACAUUGAACUUGAAACACCAGUCCUGUUAAAGAGAGGCUCAGUGGAGGAUCUAGGUCUUGAAGUAGGUAAAUGUGAAGACCUGGAUGAGGAGGAUACAGAAGUAGAUGAGGAUGGAAAACCAAGGCUUGGUGAAACCACCAGGAUCUGUGUUAACAUCCGUGAGACUGUUGAGUUCAAGAAUGUGGUUGACAAACUGUUGAAGAAGGCCAAUGUUUCCCUGGUCGUGGGCACCUCCUCCUGGAGGGAGCAGUUUGUAGAGGCUAUCACAGUCAGUGCUGGUGAGGAUGAUGAUGAGGAGGCAGAGGAAAAACUUCCAUCCUGUAUGGACUACGUUAUGCACUUCCUUACUUUGUUCUGGAAACUGAUCUUCGCUUUUGUACCUCCUACAGACUACUUUGGUGGAUGGGCCUGCUUCACAGUCUCCAUUAUAAUGAUUGGUCUGCUGACUGGACUCAUUGGUGAUCUGGCUUCAAGUUUUGGUUGCACUAUUGGACUUAAGGAUGCAGUCACAGCCAUCUCCUUUGUUGCUCUUGGAACCAGUAUUCCAGAUACCUUUGCAAGUAAGGUUGCAGCUAUCAAUGAUGAGUAUGCUGACUCGUCCAUCGGUAAUGUGACAGGAAGUAACGCUGUCAAUGUGUUCCUUGGCAUCGGUCUAGCUUGGUCCAUGGCUGCCAUCUAUCACACAUCGAAUGGCAACACUUUCAAUGUGGUACCGGGAACACUGGCCAUGUCUGUAACAGUCUUCUGUAUUGAAGCCAUCAUCACUGUGGUCAUUAUUUUGGUCCGUCGUAAGUUUGGAGGAGAACUUGGAGGACCUGUCCGUGAGAAAUACUUAACCUCCCUGUUCCUGUUUGGAUUGUGGCUACUCUACAUUGUUAUUUCUUCCUUGGUCAGUUAUUGUUAUAUUCCUGGAUUUUAAAUGCACGUUUCUAAACAUGACACUACAAACCAACCAAUCUUUAAGCUUGAGUAGGUACCAUUCCACAGGACCCUGCAUGGGAAUGGUCUACCAUUGAUGCCCUUGAUGCAUCAGAGAUAUGCAGAUUUUCAGCCCAGUUUGCUGAAUGAAGGGAGCCUCAUGCCAAUAUGAGGGAGUCGACAAUGGUCUGUAAGAGUAGUGUGGUGUAAGGAACCCACAGCUGGAUCACAAUAUGGAGCUAUAUCACAGACAUAGUAACAAGGUGGAGAUACACCCUGCCUGGUACAACUGAUGUGGUGUAUCUUGAAUCUCCGAUGGAAUGAGUGGUUUAGAACAAGUGUGUCUACGUGUUGAAGUGUUUAUAAGAAUGGUAUGUAGCAGUAUUAACUCAUUUUAAUAUCAUACAUUUAACUAGGAUAAUUAAGAAGUCUUUCUUCUCUGAUAAUUGAAAAGUAAUAUUUGCCAAUAGGUUUAUAGUCUUAAAUAGAAUGCAACUGCAGUUUAUUAUAUGGUUACAGAUAAUGAAUUGCUACCAAAGCAGGCGAUACUACACUAGCAAUAAUAACAAAUUUCUGUAGGUUUAAUUUGCUGUUUGAAGACAGUAAAUUCAAGUAAAAAAUCAGGUGUUUUUAGAUUCGCUUUUCUAGAGUUUCUUUAAGAUGUCCUAAUCGUGUAUACCAGUAGAUAUAUUUGAUUUCUAGUUAACACUGAGUGGCUUGUCUCAUCAAUAACAGAAGAUGGCUCUGUCUCUGGUAAUGUUGAUAGUGAUCGAUUUGCUCAGAAUCCUAACAAAAUGAUAUUUCCAUCCAGUGUUUGUUGAGAGGUGAAUGCAAGUUUUUUUUCUGUUUUUAUUAUUUCUUUAGAAAUAUUUUUUACAUGAAUUGAAGCAAAGCUUCAUAAAGCAAGAUUAUCAUUGAAAGAAGGAUUAACAUGACUUUAUUAGGUAUAAAUAUAUAAUGAUUGUAGGUUAUCAAAUGCAUCUGUUAAAGGGUUGAAUGAUUAGAGAAGACUUAUAAAAUUAAAAGUAAUGAAUUUUUGUGGCAAGUGUGAACACAAAUGAUAAUUAUUUGUAUUAUUUAUUUUCCUGUAAUGUGACCCACUUACCUGUUAACUUACAUAUCUAUAACUCCUCUGAUCAAUACACAUCAGUGACGUUCUAAUCAUUAUAAAAAAGACAAUUUACAGUUGCUUUUAUAAACGCAAAUGUUCUUAGAUAAUAUGUUUAAAAUUAUGUAACGGAGAGGUUAAGAUAUGAAUACUUACUAAUGGUUAAUUAGAAAAAUCUUAUCAUUAUAUAUCUGAUUAUUUUGAAGAUAGCAUUUCAAACAAAUAACAAAUCAAACAUUCAUUGUUAUUUCAGUGUUAUUAUAAUCAAAGUCAAGUUUCAAUACAUCAGCUCUUCAUAUUUAGGUCAUUUUUAUCCCUUAUUCGAUAGCAUUUUAUGUUUCACCAUAACAUUACUAGAUUUUCAAUGUGUGUUUUUAUGAGGUGAUAACAGAGGUCAUAUUUUAAAUUGUUGAUUCUAAUGAGGAAACAAAGUCAGCAAGUUUUUUUUGUCUCAGGAGCCAGUGCAAAUCUAGUGUUGAUGUAUAUAAACUGUUUUUUUGUAUAUAGUUUUAUCUCCCUGUUCCAUUUUGCACUAGUGUGACUAGUUUGUUCAAACUGUCACUCUUGGUGAUUUGUGAUAACUCAUUGCUCCAGAAACCUGUCAUAGCUUAUAGUGUACAAGGAAUGUUUAUAGAGUUGAUGAUAAAACAAUUUAUUUGUAGUAAAAACAGAAAAAUUCAUGAAAAAAAUAUGAGAUAAUGUCCAUGUAUACAAAGAAUGUCCGUGAUUUUAGCAAAAGAAGUUGUUAGUUGCACUAGGGACAACCCUUUUGCAUAUGACAGCAAUCUAGAUCAUAUUUUAACAUGUUUUUCUUUUUUUAUAUUCUGGUGAAGAAAAAUGUUAUUGUUCACGACAUGAAAAUUGCAAAUGAAACUGAAAAUUUAUUUAUACAAUGUUUGUUGAUAAUUCUGAAUGUGUUAGUGUCUUAUUUAUUGCGUGUGGGAUUAAUACCGUAGUUCUCGUAGAGUUACAGCACACAGUUGUUUAUUUAUUGUGUCAGGACGUUAAUAGUGUCAUAAACAAGUAGUCAUUAUGACUAUAAUUAUUAAUACAAUGUAAGUUUUACUUUGCAGAAAUUGCAAUAUGGCAUUGUUAUCCAGAGCUUUAAAUUGUUUAUAUUAUCAUACUCCUGUUAAAAAUUGUCAGUAAUUUGUAUGGAGGUCCACACUCAUGUGUUAGUUCUUUCAACUAUUUAUCAGUUAAAAUGUUAUUAUUAUCAAUAUAACAAACAAACUAAAUGAAUAUGCUGUAAAAUAUUUCUCAAUUUCAACUUUAUCCCUAUAAAAAAUUUUAUUAAAUGUAGAUUCAGAUUGAAGCUUUUUACUGAUUAGCAAUUAUAAAAAAAUAUAUAUAUACAUGUAUAGUUGUCGCUCUGCCUAAACUUUCUAGAAUAACUUAAAUUAUCUGGUAAUCACCAGGUUAAUCUUUUUUUUAUGUAGACAAGGGUGAAAUUACAAGUUACAGCUUUACGUAUUCUGUCCUGUGGAAUUAUAUACAUAUAUAUACUUUAUUUCAAGACACAUUGUAUUUAAUGUUAAAAUGAAUUCAAACAGUUCUGUCCAAUAUUUGUUUGGAAUUCCAGUUUUAUAGACACUGUACAUAUUAAAUCAACUACAACAUGCAAAUUUAUUAAAUAUGACAAUUUUAGGACUUUGAUAUAUCUCAGUACUAUAUAGAAUAGUGAGCUUUUUUUAAAGUUACAUCUUUGGGCAUGACAAUGUUUGGUCAGUAGGGGACCUAUCUUGACUUUUUAUCAUGAAUCCAGAAACUGUGUAUACCCAACCUUAUUAACCAAUGGUUGUUACAUUCCUUCUCCAUCAAACAUCUAUGUAUAUAAUGUCUUCCUUAAACCAUCAAACAUUUAUGUAUAUAAAGUCCAUAUGAUUUGCUCCUUUGUAUCAAUUGUGAUGACUUAUUAUAAUUGUGCUCCUUUUCCUUUGUUAGUGAUUUGAAAAAGAUAUUGUCCAUAAUUUUAAUCAUUUUACACAGUACAUGUUGAGAAGAUUAAGGUAGGCCUCUUAGCGGUCCUUUAGCUAUGCAGAUUAUAAUUGUUUAAAGAGAUUACUGUAAAUACUCUAUCUAGAAUUCUAUUUGUGUUAGUGAUCAGAUUGAUUCUACAUGUUUCUAGAUACAUUAGACAUGUAUUUCAGAGUCCAGUAGUUGCAUUCCCAUCUGUGUUUUAUCAAUUCUAUUGAGGAUCUACCCAGAGUAGGAAUAACUAUGCUGGCUUAUACAGCUCCUUAAUCUGCAGUGUUCAAAGAUUCAUCCAAUUACACACGAGUUGGUAAAGUCUUGGUGUACUUUAUUAGGUUUUACCAAUUCUAGUCACAGUGUAGAAUGUAUUCGGUUUUACUAGUACUUUCAGUGUACUUUGUUUUACUAGUACACAUUUUUAUUGUACUUAGUUUUACCAGCAAUUGUCCUUAAUCUCAGCAGAUUUUGCAUGUCAUGUGACAAGUUUUCUAAUAGUGUUAUAAUUAACAGUAAAGUUUACUGUGUUAGUUUGACCAGUAGCGGUUGGGAAGACCACACCACCUUGACUGCUGAACAUGUGACACUAUACAGGGUGAGGAGUGGCCGAACUAUACUCGAGUGCUAGUGAUCUGUAUUACCUGGCACCAUCUAAGAAAUCCAAUUGUUAUAGCUGCACUGGCAGACAUGGAAAAGACAAUCCCUUACACAAUUUGGGCUUUGAUCACCUUAGUGAAGAAAAUUCUAUUGUUUAAUUGAUUUGAGCAGUAUCAUUUAGAUGUUGUAUUUCUUCAGAUAUAUUUCAUAUUAGGUGAAAUAUUUGCUAUGUUCAACUACAGUGGAAAAUAGAUAUCUGGUAAUGAGGAGGAGUUGGUCAAAGAUCUUUAGCUAUUUGCUCAUGGAAAGUGUGUGCUAAUAUUUUGAAUCGGAAUAAAAAAUGACAUGUAAAUGAUACUGCCAAAUCAAUUAAACUGGAAAAUAUAGCACAGGACAGUUAUUGACUCAUGAUGUGUCAAAAUGGGACCAUGCCUUUAUUUUGGUAAGUCCAUCUUUUCAUGAGCAAAUAAGCUCAUUCAGGAACAAAUAUAUACUUAUGUAAUGAGCAAGAAAAACAAAUAGGGAUAUGUAAACUUGGCCAACAAUGUUUAUAAACCCCAGAAAAUCUGCUAAUGAAUAUUUUCUAUACUGCUAAUUUUUCGGCUUUCGCUGGUGCAAUUGCUAUGAUAUUAAUACAUGCUAUAAUUUCCAGAUGUUCUGUUACCUCAUUGAAGCUUUCUCACUUUUAUGUUUAGCAUGGUUUGGACUAUUUUUGAACACGACACUAUAGAGAGUAACAUUAAACCUUUUGGUAUUCCCAUUCCACAACUGUUUAUUUUCCACGUUAGAUAUUGUGGUGUUUCUUAUGACUUGAUUGUGGAAAUUGAUUUGAAUUUGGUUGUCAUUUCAAUAAAGGGUUGAAGAAAAAUA